AAUGCACUGUGGGAGAGAGGGACAGAGAGAGAGAGAGAGAGAGAGAGAGAGAGAGAGAGAGAGAGAGAGAGAGAGAGAGAAAGAAAGAAAGGAGGGGCAUUGACAUUCAUUCAGCCUGAAGAAGAAGUGGGAAAGUAAACAGCCCUUUCAGAGGCCCAGGGAAGCCACAGGGAGAUGUACUGGGUUUCAUAGCAGGAAGUCCAUGUGAGCUUGUCGGGAUUGAAUUGCCUAUCAGGCGGCGCUGAAUCUCUUCCUCUGAGCAGAGAUAAGAAGGACCUAUGAGCAAAUCUCCUCAGCAGCCCAGGUGUGUUACAGAAGAUGAAGAAGAGGAGAAGGACGUUGAUAGACAAACGCUGAAAGAUGGAGACAUGCCACAGAAAGACAGCUCUGUUUCCGUAACGUCGUGUUCAGGGAAUGGCAGUGAGCUUCAGGAGGAUGCAGGAAACACGACAGGUGCUGCAGAUAUGCCAUCCAGCCCAAAUCAGGAUGCAGAGAACCUGGCUCUAACUGCAGAACCGCUAGCAUCCGAAGAGAUCGCGGCCAGUGUGAUAGCUUCAGGAGUCUCUCGGGUGGACGAUAUUCAGACGGGCAGCCCGGAGGUGAUCUACGAUGACGUGGCAUGUGAGGACAUGUCUCCAAGAGAAGGAGACAUGAUCUAUGAGGACGUACAGAAAGAGGAAGUCCCUCAGGGGCCCAACAAUGGCUGGAGUUCCAGCGAGUUCGAGAGCUAUGAUGAGCAGUCAGACUCUGAGAAAGCAGUCUCCCGGAGCAAGCUCUCCCCUGAUGUACGUUGUCUUCAGGAAUAUUGUGCCAAGACCAAGAGGGAGCUAACAUCAAAACUGGGGGGAAAGUAUCAGAUGCACCAGCUUAUGAGAGCAGCACGUAGUGGGACUAAAGAUGGCCUGGAGAAGACCAAGAUGGCUGUCAUGAGGAAAGUUUCCUUUCUCCAGAAGAAGGACCACUCAGAUGAAGCUGAAGAUGAUGCUGGCUAUCUGGAUGUGAUCAUUUCUGAGGCCAAGCAUCCUCUUGCACAGCUGGGCCCAAUGCCAAAUGGACUCAGCAGUCACCAGAUUGUUCGGCGUCACAUUUUGGGCUCCAUCGUGCAAAGCGAAAGGAAUUACUUGGAAUCUCUUAAACGAAUCCUUCAACAGUAUCAAAAGCCAUUGUUGGAGGCUGAACCUCGCAUCCUGAGCCCGAGGAAGAUCAGGCCCAUUUUCUACCGUGUGCGGGAGAUCACUCAAUGCCACUGCAUGUUCCAGAUUGCUUUGGCUUCCCGUGUGGGAGAGUGGGAUGCUAGCGAGAAGAUUGGUGACCUCUUCGUUGCUUCGUUCUCCAAGUCCAUGGUGUUGGAUGUUUACAGUGAUUAUGUCAAUAACUUCACCAACGCCAUGGCCCUCAUCAAGAAAGCUUGCUUAUCCAAACCCGCCUUCCUGGAGUUCCUCAAGAAAAAGCAGUCGUCUAGUGCUGACCGGAUCACUCUAUAUGGUCUGAUGGUGAAGCCCAUCCAGCGUUUUCCUCAGUUCAUCCUCCUCUUACAGGACAUGCUGAAAAACACUCCUAAAGGACAUGUGGACCGUUUGCCCCUGCAGUUAGCUCUGACUGAGCUAGAGACUUUGGCUGAGAAGCUGAAUGAACAAAAACGAGUGGCAGAUCAGAUCACAGAGACCCAACAGCUCGCCCGCAGCGUCAGUGACCGCUCACUUAGCAAGGCUUUGAAUUCUGACCAGAACUCUUUGGUCCUGUGUGAAACGCUGAUUGAGACGGUGUACGGCGAACGUGGCCAGGUUCUCAAGUCCAAAGAGCGCAAAGUCUUCCUUUUCAGCAACAUGCUAAUCUGUGCAAACGCCAACAUAAAGGGUCCCCCAGACAUCAGCAGUCUGGUUCCAGUAGGGCCCAAAUACACCAUGAAGUGGAGUGCCCCUUUAAUGCAAGUCCAUGUAGUCGAGGUCGGCAAGGACGCCCUCUUUCAGCAGGGAGGUGUUAAAAGGUCAGGCAGCUCUUCAACCCCAGGUAAAGUGAUCCUGGGUCCUCCUCGGCUCUAUCAAGAACUCCAGGAGCUGCAGCAUGACCUUUCGGUGGUGGAGCAGGUCACCAGUUUGGUGGGCACUUUACAGGGAACAUACCAGAAUCUGAACUCCACCGUGGCACAAGACUGGUGCUUGGCCCUGCAAAGACUCAUCCGCAUCAAAGAGGACCAAAUACAGAGUGCCAACAAAUGCCGUCUUCGCCUACAAGUCCCUGGCAAGCCAGACAAGUCUGGUCGUCCAGUCAGUUUCAUGGUGGUGUUCAACACUCCGAGUCCUCUCAGCAAGAUCUCCUGGGUCAACCGUCUUCAUCUGGCUAAGACAGCACAGAGGGAAGAGAACACACCCGGCUGGAUCUGUGCAGAAGAUGACAGGAGGACAAAGGCUCCACUCUGGUGUCCACUGCUCGCCUGUCGUAUGCCUGUCUUCACCUCAAAAGCCCAGGACUGUAAGUUAGAAGCUGCGCUGCACAACCCAGUCCAGUGUGCUCUGCUUGGGUUCUCUGCAGCAAGCAUGUCGCUUCCUCAGGGAUACCUCUGGGUAGCGAGUGGUGGGGAAGGUGCACAGGGUCAUGUGGAGAUUUUCUCCCUGAAUCGAACUACUCCGCACUCAGUGAAGAGCUUUCAGGUGCGAGCUCCUGUUCACUGUUUGGAGUUCGUGUCUGAGCCCAGUCAUCCUGACAACACCAACGCUACCCUUCAGAACACCGCAGCAGCAGCAGCCGGGAACACGGUCUGCGUCGGCCUGGAUGAUGGCAGUAUUCUGGUCUAUGGGAGCAUGGAUACAUCAGCUCAGUGUCUUCUGGACCUCCGGAACACUUUGGGAUCUCCUGUCCUGUGUCUCAAACACGCUUCUAACUUCCUGUUUGCAGGCCUGAGGGACGGCACGCUGCUCAUCUAUGAGAGAGCGCCUGAAGGUGAGUUGUGGAACCCAGAGUCUUGCCGUAAAGUCUUAGUGGGUCAUGAGCCAGUUCGGACAUUGCUGGCUUUAGACGACUCCGUAUGGGCCAGCUGUGGCAACUAUGUCUCAGUCAUCGACGUCUCAAGCCUGUCCACUCGGAGGUUUGAAGUCCACCAGGAUCGGAUGGUGAGCGUCGCUCACAUGGUACGAGCCGGAGGAGGGGUGUGGAUGGCGUUUUCUGAAGGUUCCUGCAUUCGCUUGUUCCACACAGAAACUCUGGAACAUCUCCAAGAGAUCAACAUCUCCACACGCUCCUUGUUCCACAGUUCAAGUCAGAAGAAUGUGAAGGUCACCAGUCUGUUGAUUUGCCAGGGCUUCUUGUGGGUGGGAACAGCCCAGGGCAUCAUCAUAACACUGCCUGUACCCAAGCUGGAAGGCAUCCCUAAAAUAACAGGUAAAGCGAUGACCUCUUUAAAUGCUCACUGUGGUCCUGUGGACUUUCUGGUGGCAAUCAGGAGCAAUUUAUCUCCAGAUCUGCUGAAGCGAGAUUCAGUCGUGGAAGCCCCCGACUCGGCCUGUGGAGGGGAGGAGAGAACUGACUCCUCCUCCCAGGAGUCCGUGCAGCAAUGUAGCGGCUCCUCGAUCGUGGAAGGCCGGAAAAACCGGAGGAGUGUCCUUCUUCAAUACCGUGUUCGUUCCACCAUCGGUUUACCAGGACAACCACUGAAUGCUCGAUGUGACGAGUCCUCAAAUUCAUCGUUAGAGUCUUUAGAACACAGCCUCGAGGACGGCUCUAUCUAUGAACUCGACGACGAUCCGGAAAUGUGGGUCAGGGGUCGACCUUGUGAGAAGGACGGCCACAGGAGGGACAGGGUCACGUCUGCAGCCAUCAUCUCCGGAGGGAAAGGAUUUAGAAGACUUAGGGAGGGUGUAUCAGAGGGUAGGGCAGAAUCGUCUGAGUGUUCCCUUAUGGUUUGGCAACUACCACUUACAGUAUAAAAUGUGAUGCCCAGGUUUCUUCAGGAUGCUAAGAUUGUGUGAGUUGUACAAAUCUUGGCCUUCCAAGAAAUAAUCUGUUUUAGUUUCUUUUGUGUUGAGAAAGAAAGAAAGAAAGAAAGAAAGAAAGAAAGAAAGAAAGAAAGAAAGGAAAGAAAGAAGGA